CUCGCGCGACACUGCCGCGGUGCACGAUGGGAGUCGCGUGGGAUUUUUUUUUCCCCUCCCUCUGUCGCGUGAAGGAAGAUAAGAAGCGAGCGGAGUGAGCCUGUUUCGUCUCCGCGAUGGCCGCGUUUCGUGCGCUCGGCCUGGCGCCCUGGUUGACAGCCCAAGCAGAGCAGCUCGGCCUGUCGAGGCCUACGCCGGUCCAAGAAGCCUGUAUCCCUCCUACUCUCCAAGGUCGUGACUGCAUGGGAUGUGCCAAGACGGGGAGUGGGAAGACAGCUGCGUUUGUCCUACCGAUCUUGCAAAAACUCUCAGAAGAUCCCUAUGGUAUUUUUUGCCUGGUCCUUACGCCAACGAGAGAAUUGGCUUACCAGAUAGCUGAACAGUUCCGAGUCCUCGGGAAGCCGCUGGGCUUAAAGGAUUGCAUAAUUGUUGGUGGAAUGGACAUGGUGGCCCAAGCCCUGGAGCUUUCUCGGAAGCCUCAUGUGGUCAUUGCUACCCCUGGCCGACUGGCCGAUCACCUCCGGAGUUCCAACACCUUCAGCCUUCAAAAGAUCAAGUUUUUGGUCCUGGACGAAGCUGACCGUCUCCUGGAGCAGGGCUGCACUGACUUCACCCACGACCUGGAAGUGAUUCUGGCGGCUGUGCCCACUGCCAGGCAGACUCUCCUCUUCAGCGCCACGCUGACCGACACGUUGACCGAGCUCAAGCAGGUUGCCAUGAAUAAGCCUUUCUUCUGGGAGUCUCCAUCAGAAGUGCGGACAGUGGAAGAGCUGGACCAGCGCUACCUGCUGGUGCCGGAGAAGGUCAAAGAUGCCUACCUCGUUCACCUGGUCCAAACAUUCCAGGAUGAACACGAGGACUGGUCCAUAAUCAUCUUCACCAAUACCUGCAAGAAUUGCCAGGUUUUGAACAUGAUGCUGAAGAAAUUCAACUUCCCCUCGGUGGCUCUGCAUUCAAUGAUGAAGCAGAAACAACGCUUCGCCGCUCUGGCCAAGUUCAAAUCCAGCGUCUACAAGAUCCUCAUAGCGACCGACGUGGCUGCCAGAGGACUCGAUAUCCCAACAGUCCAGGUUGUCAUCAACCACAACACCCCUGGACUCCCCAAAAUCUACAUCCACCGAGUAGGCCGGACUGCCCGUGCAGGUCGGCACGGCGUGGCCAUCACCCUUGUGACGCAGUACGACAUUCAUCUGGUCCACGCGAUCGAGGACCAGAUCAAAAUGAAGCUUCAGGAGUUCUCCGUAGAGGAACGGUCCGUGCUGAACAUCCUCACCCAAGUGAAUGUGGUCCGGCGCGAGUGUGAGAUUAGAUUAGAAGGAACAGAUUUCGAUGAGAAGAAGGAAAUCAACAAGCGGAAGCAGAUGAUCCUCGAAGGAAAGGAUCCGGACCUGGAAGAGCAGCGGAAGGCUGAGCUGGCCAAGAUCAGGAAGAAAAACACCGAGUUCCGCAGCAGAGUCCAGCAGACGUUGCAGGAGAAGCAGCAGCUGAAGCUGCGGCGGAAGCUGCAGAAGAAAAUGCAGCGGCAGCAGAAGCGACCACCGGUAGCAGCCAAGUGACACAUUAUCCUCUUCCCCACCUUGGCUCGCACCCCGGCAGCCAGGGCUUCAAGGCAAGAGAGCAGGGCUCAAGUCACCGUUUUGAAUCUGCUGUGCAAGGCGGGUUUGCCUCCCUUUUCCUCCAGCCAGAAGGGACAAUCCCACGGAGACCUCUGCCAUGUGGCCACCGCUGGAAGCCUUCCCAUGGAAGGGUUUUGAACUUGGGGGUCCUCACGAAAAACUCCCAGCCAGCAGGACUGGAGACGCCUACUGGAAUCCCCAGGAAGAGGGAUUUAAAGACUGAACUGGGCUUAUCUUUAGGUGCUGCCGGGCAGCUCGAGGGCUGGAUUUCUUGUUCUCUGUUCCCGUGUCCCAUUGGCCUUCUUUUUACUUUUGCCAUCUCAGUCCACACCAAGACCUGGAGCUUGGCUACUCUGGACCAGGGGUCUGCAACCUGCAGCUCUCCAGAUGUCCAUGGACUACAAUUCCCAUCAGCCCCUGCCAGCAUAGCCAAUUGGCCAUGCUGGCAGGGGAUGAUGGGAAUUGCAGUUCAUGAACAUCUGGAGAGCCGCAGAUUGCAGACCCCUGCUCUGGACCUUCGUAACAUUUUGUUGUUUCAUGCCACUUCCUUCUGUUCCAAGAUUGGCUUAGUUUCUCAGUUCCUUAAAGCGGUUUUUUCUACCCCGUUCACACUUGAGGAACUCAGCAUUCCUUCAACGCUAGGUUAGGGUCAAGCUCUGAAACCUGUCGUGGUUAAGAACAGCAGACUGUAAUUUGGAAAACCAGAUUCAGUUCCCCACUCCUCCACAUGAGCAGCAGAUGCUAAUCUGGAGGGCUGGGUUUGAUUCCUCGCUCCUGCACAUGAAGCCUGCUGGU